UUUUUUCUUUUCUCGCGCGACUUUGUAACUUUCCCACGGUUUUAUUCCGUCUACCCUCUGCUCUUCGCCCCUCCCCUCUUUUCUCAACCUUUAGCCCGUUACCUCCUCCUCUUUUUCUCCCUUGCUUCCCUUCCAGUCUGGUUCUUCUCCAGUUGUGGCGUUGGAUUUGGCGAGGGACUAGGGGAGGGAUCUCGCGAUUGUUGGACUUUUUUUCGGGGACAGAUUUACUCGGAAGAUGGCGCCCGUUGUUACGGGGAAGUUUGGUGAGCGACCACAGCUUCAGCGUUUGACAAGGGAGGCUAUGAGGAAUUACUUGAAGGAGAAGGGUGAUCAAACGGUGCUCAUACUCCAUGCAAAAGUUGCACAGAAGUCAUAUGGCAAUGAAAAAAGGUUUUUCUGCCCUCCACCGUGUGUGUAUCUGAUGGGCAGCGGUUGGCAGAAGAAGUUAGAAAAUAUGGAGAAGGAGGGAUGCACAGAGCAGGAGGCCCAGCCAUAUGCAUUCAUUGGGAUAGGCAACAGUGAGCAGGAGAUGCAGCAACUCAAUCUGGAGGGGAAGGUAUGUGUGAGUGACGCAGAUAAAAGGAAACACUUUAUGCUCUCUGUGAAGAUGUUGUACGGAAACAGCACAAACAUAGGAGUGUUCCUUAGCAAGAGGAUCAAAGUCAUCUCCAAGCCCUCCAAGAAGAAACAGUCCCUGAAAAAUGCAGAUUUGUGUAUAGCUUCGGGGACUAAAGUGGCAUUGUUUAAUCGCCUGCGUUCCCAGACGGUCAGCACCAGAUAUCUUCAUGUGGAAGGGGGAAACUUUCAUGCCAGCUCCCUGCAGUGGGGGGCCUUCUAUAUCCACCUCUUGGAUGAUGAGGAGUCUGAAGGGGAGGAGUUUGCUGUGAGAGAUGGCUACAUCCACUAUGGCCAGACAGUCAAACUGGUCUGUUCUGUUACUGGCAUGGCACUGCCCAGACUGAUCAUUCGCAAAGUUGACAAGCAGGCUGUGUUACUGGAUGCAGAUGACCCAGUGUCCCAGCUCCACAAGUGUUCCUUCUACCUGAAAGAUACAGACAGGAUGUAUCUCUGUCUCUCACAGGAGAGAAUCAUCCAGUUCCAGGCCACACCAUGCUCCAAAGAGACUAACAAGGAGAUCAUUAACGAUGGGGCGUCCUGGACCAUCAUUAGCACUGACAAGGCAGAGUACACCUUUUAUGAGGGCAUGGGCCCUGUCCCCACACCAGUCACACCUGUCCCUGUGGUAGAAAGUCUGCAGUUAAAUGGUGGAGGAGAUGUGGCAAUGUUGGAGCUGACAGGACAGAACUUCACCCCUAAACUCAGAGUGUGGUUCGGCGAUGUGGAGGCUGACACAAUGUACAGAUGUGGUGAGAGCGUCCUGUGUGUGGUGCCGGACAUCUCUGCCUUCAGGGAGGGCUGGCGCUGGGUGAGGCAGCCAGUGCAGGUACCUGUCACAUUGGUCCGCAAUGAUGGAAUCAUCUAUGCAACCGCCCUCACUUUCACCUACACCCCUGAGCCAGGGCCACGACCUCACUGCAGUGCUGCUGGGGCCAUUUUGCGAUCACAUAGUACUUCAUCAUCAGCGGCAUCUUUAUCUUCACCAUCAUCACAGGGUGGGGAUGGUCAGGGGGCUUACAACAGUACUGACUCAGGCAUGUCAUCAGAAGCAUCGGCCAUGUCCAUGCUGUCAUAGUAAUACUUAUUUUGUGUGUGUGCUGUUUUGUAUGUGUGCUGUCAAUGGCUGAGUGAGAAAAUGUGUGUGUGUACUUUCCAAAGAGGCUCAUGGACCUGUGAAGAAUUACUUAGAGAGCGACUGGAAUCGUGAGGAAUGCAGGAGAGAGCUGAAGAAAAAUACUUGGGAUAAAUGACACUUCUCUUUAGCUCCCCCUUGUGGAUUGCUCUGGACAUGUCAUAAGGUGGAACUUCAUAGACAAGAUUGUCACCUAAAAAAUGACAGAUUUGUCUUCUCUCUCUCUUUUUACUGAGGCCAUGUUUUACUGAAAAGCAUGUGGAUUUAUCUGUUGUGUGUAAGGGAAAUAUUUUGUUGUAAGAGUAACAUAGUUUUUACAGACCAAGAAAUAUUAUUUUAUACAUAUUUUAUUGCAUAUGUACAUUUGACACUUUUUGUAUGACCCUGUAUAGUAACUUCACUUUUUUACCAAAUAGUUUGUUUUUUUUUAUGUUGGCUUAAUUGAAUUUUGUGUCAAUGGAGUGGUUGUGAUGAAAAUGACAUGUUUAUACAUUAGCUCUAAUAGUCAGGCAGCAGCUUUUUAAAUUUCUCCUCACCUGCUUUUUAGCCUCCAAAUACCUACUUAUUUAAUUGUCAUUACAGAACUUUUAGCAUCUCUGUAGGCUGUAUAAUAAUGGAAAAGAAAUGAUCAGGCUGUUGUUUUCAAGGAGGCACUUUAGACAACGAAUACCUGUAUCUGUCUGCACUUGCUGGCUGAUCAGCCUCUUACUGCUUUUUAUAUGAAAGAUGAGUGAAGUAAGCUGCUUGCUUCUGUGAAAUGCACUACCAGUGUAUAAGAUCUAAGUUUUCUAAACCGUUGCUGUUUUUGUACCCAAGUGCUCUAAAACUGAAGCAUGACCAGUCCCUCUCGUACCAUAGCCAUGUAGACAACCAUGCUUUUUUUUUUUCACAAAUAGUGAAGCCGUAAACACAAUUAUUCAAUCGGAAGAAUUUGGGAUUCUGAUCUUUUUGAAAUAUUUUCAGAGAAAGUCAAGACUCCAUGUUUACUGACUUUCUGGCUAUAAAUUCCUUCAUUUAUAAGGGCCUUAAUUUUCCUUUUCAGUUUGUGCUUAUGUCUACCUUGUUGUUUGCAGCACAUUUCAUUUAUUGGUCAGUAACACGACACUGAGAUGGAGCCUUGUGGGAUCAGGUUUUGCCAAACAUUGACUGCAAAUAAAGUAGAACUAAUCUUAAUA